CUGCCCCUCACGCCAGCGAUGGGCCAGCCCGUGCCAAACGUUGAGCACGCUGUCUCCGUUCAACUGCCCACAUGGGAUGACAUUAAAGAGAUGUUCACCGGCGCACCCCGAGUGAAGAACGCCCAGCUUACUGGAUAUCCACGCUCAUUCAUUCACGAAGAAGUCAAAAAGUUUAACAAAGCAUGCCUCGAGAAAUUUUCCAACCCAAUCAACACAUGUUUUCUUUUCCCAACCCUUGAAUAUGCUGUCGCAUGUCGUCAAUUCGCGACUUCAAAGGAAAUCCACGGGGAAGCGGCCCUGCCAGAUGAUAUCCUGUCCAUUCGGUCAUUGGAGGUUGAGCUAUGGUCGGUCGAGACGGGAAUGACGCACAACUGCGUCACCAUUCACGGCGUCUUCUGUCCUAAGGAUCAAGAAGUGCCCUUGCACACAUUCUGGCGCUUGGUCGGUGUCGGCAUCUCCUCCCGCCUGGCUCAAACUCUCAACAGCCGUGUCCGAACGAUCCGCGACGUGACUAGUGACACUAAGUGCAAAGAGUACCCCUCUGUACUUGGUCGAUGGUCCGAGCGUUCUCAUCGCAAGCUUUGUCAGCGUAUUGCAAAUCUCCUCGAGCGAGCUCCAAGUUGCACCACGCGUGGGGAGCUCGUAGCUCGCGAUGAUGUCUAUCUUUAUAGCACAGGGAUGGCAGCAAUCUACCAUGCGCAUGAGCUGCUUCUUCAUUGGCGUGGAACUCGAUCUGUGGUGUUCGGGUUUCCUUACGAACUGACUCUCAAGCUCGUGGAGACUUUCGGCCCCGGGGCAAAAUUCUUUCCUUUUGUCACUGAAGCAGACCUGGGUCAACUGGAGGGAUAUCUUUCUGAACAGGCUGCUGCGGGAACUCCGGUACAAGCUAUCUGGUGCGAAUGUCCUUCCAAUCCCUUGCUACGUACAGCCAAUUUGAGGCACGUUCGCGCGCUGGCAGACAAAUUCAACACUGCCGUUGUAGUCGAUGAGACUGUCGGGGGCUUUGCAAAUGUCGACGUGCUGGGCGUUGCCGAUAUCCUAGUCACCUCUUUGACCAAGAGCUUUAGCGGCUCGGCUGACGUUAUGGCUGGAAGUAUCGUUUUGAAUUCUUCUUCCCCUUACUAUGCAGUUUGGAAGAAUACACUCGACGCCCGAUAUCGCAAUUGCCUCUUCCGCGACGACGCGCAGCAGCUUGAGGAAAACAGCAGAGACUUCAUAAUGCGCACAACUCGCAUCAAUGACAGCGCCGGCUACUUAGCUGAGUCUCUGGAGCACUUAUGCAAUGAUCCGAAGAGCGUCGUCACACAUGUAUAUCACCCCAAGCUCGACUCGCAGGCAAACAACUACCGCGCUCUUAUGCGUCAGCCGACUGAGGAGUUCAUUCCUGGCUACGGGGGCUUGUUUACCAUUGAAUUCGAUGACGUUGAACUGGCAAGUGUCUUUUUCAACGCACUGAAUGUACACAAAGGUCCUUCUCUUGGUGCCCCUGUGACAUUGGCUCAGCCUUAUGUUCAGACCGUUUUUCACAAACAGAAGGCUUGGGCCGGUGAAUGUGGUCUACACGAAUCCAUAGUUCGAGUGUCGGUUGGGCUAGAGGAUAAACGUGCCUUGCUGGCAGCAUUCCAAGCUGCGCUG